AUGUACUGUUUAACAUUACUAUUAUUCAUCGGUACGAUUUGCGUCAGUUCAAGUCGAUCUGAAAUACAGCGCACGAUUGAUGAUGAUGGUGAUGAAGAUCUUUCUGGAUCACUGGUGGCAUUCGAUAUAACCAUUGAAAAUUACACAGUACCAGUUAGUGGAAAAUGUAUCUUGACUUGUUAUAUUGCUGAAGUUCGUUCAUUUAAAGUUCUAUGGCAAAAAAUCGAUCGAGUAAAUCAAGGUGGGAAUCAAACAUUGGAUGAACAGCAAGGACAACCAACAUUAAUUGCAUUUGAUGGUACUGUCUAUUCGAAUAAAGAUCAUUAUCGUCUUGAAUCUGAUUAUGUUGGUUCAUAUAAUUUAAUCAUUGAUCGUGUUAAUGAAGAUGACCAAGGAGAAUAUCAAUGCCAAAUAAAUACAGAACCAAGAAAAACGAAACGAAUUUUUCUGACUGUCCAAGUACCACCACGUAUUGUUGACUUUCGUCCAAACCCUCCAUUAAUAUCCAUACGCAGUGGCAUAUCAUUAACAUUGUUAUGUCGUGCUGAAGGAACACCAUUACCUCACAUACGUUGGCGCAUUCGUGAUAUUGAUAUGAAUCGAAUUGAUUCAUUGCCACCUGAAAAUAGCAAUAUAUGGUUUAUACCAGCAGUGACGACUAAUUUUCCGCAUACAGUUGAAUGUAUUGCUGAUAAUGGUGUUUUACCAGCAUCAAAUCGUAUAUUUACAAUAAAUGUUGAAAUUCCACCUAUUGUUAUGAUAAAUAAUGAUUUAAUUCAAAGUCAACUGUAUCAAAAUGUCACACUUGACUGUUCAAUAUUAAGUCGUCCAUUGGCUCGUAUUUAUUGGGAAAAAAAUGGGCAAAUCGUUGACGAUAGCAAAAUGAUUAAUACCCAAAUAAAUCAAACACUAUCAAUAAAUCAAUUAAAACUCCAAAUCAAUGAUGAUGACGAUUUCGGAAAAUAUAAUUGCAUUGCUGAAAAUAUUCAUGGAAGAAAAGAAGCUUUUGUAUAUGUACUAAAAGAAUCAGUUGUUGUUACGACAUUAACAACGAAAAAAUAUCAGCGCCAUUCGAAAAAUUCUUCAUUACGAUUAAGUUCUAGUCGAAAAAUAUUUCGAUCAACAACAUUACCAACAAAAGAUAUUUAUAUUGAACGAGAGAUUCAUAUUACUUCAUCUUCACAUCGACCUUCGACACAUCAUCGACUAAAAAAUCGUCUAUUUAUUUCAUUAUUACUAUUGUUACUAUGUCGAUUGAGACGGACCGACAGAUAA